GUCCUUUGCCUACAAUAUGAAACUUCUCCUUUUUAAUCAUAACUGCUUCGGUGUAGUUGUAUCAAAACACAGCUUCCUCUUCCUAUAACACAAUUAGAUCUACUGACUUGAAAAGGCAGCGUCUCAGAUUUACUCAACUUAACUUGUCGAGACUUGUUGAGAUCAACAUGGCAGCAGAGGGGAGUCUUGUUAGCGGUGGUGUUAUGUUUGUCCAUACCGAGAGUGAAGGGAAACACUCCUAUGAAGUGAAGAACUUUUUAAACCAUAACAACGGAAUUUUUAUAAGAAAUGGAGAUAAACUCCUGAUGAUAAAUGGGACAGACACUGAGGGUUUACCUCCAGAAUCAGUUGCCGAUAUUCUGGUUAAAGGAUCCCCUCUACUGACUAUCCAUCAUCCGUGCAAGGAACAAACAGCAAAGUGUGCAUCCGAGGAGAUCAGUGCCUACAAAAAGGAGCCAACAGUCAUGAGGUUCAGCCUGAUGAUGGUAAGAGAGGAAAAUCUGGAGAAUGUUGACCGCCAAGAAACAUCAUAUCCAGAAGCAGAGUGGGAAGAUAUGGACAUCGAGGGCGACUGUUUCAGUGAUGAUGAUCUGCUUCUUGUCUCCAUGGGUGGCACAAGCUUCUCCAUGGUUGUUUCUCGAGGCACGGAUGCUGACAACCCUUGCCACAACUGUGGAAAGACAGAUUGCCAAUUUAACGAAGUUGUCAUCAAGCCUGAGACAGCUGAGAUUGCCUCUAAUUCUGCACGGAUUGUGAAACUGAUGAAAGAACGGAGUAAUUUGUACCUGAAGAGUGUUUUGAAGAACAAGUAUUUCACCCCAUCGAGGCAGCAGAUAUUAUUAAAUGACAGCAUGUCAGCACAAAUCACCAUCUACUAUUAUAUGUCCAAUGCACUGGACUGCCAUGCUGGUGUUCCCGUUGUGCUGAACUUCACUGGUACCAAUAACUUCUUCCGCUGCACCACAGAGAAAGAUAAGAAGGUUUUAAUACUCAUGAACUAUACUAAAAGCGAGCUGAAAAAAAUCUGUGCCGAAGACUCCGAAAAAUGGUCCUUUGUAUUCUACAUGACUUCAGAGAGAGACAAUCUUCGUCGUUUCGAGUCAGCACUCCAUAGAGGAUGGUUUAUUCAAAUCCAGAGUGUUAGUGAAUGUGAUGAAGUAGGCAUGCAAGAAAAGAAUCAAGUUGACAAUGAUCCAUCCAACAUCUUCUUUAUUAUAAUUGAGAGUUAGACCAUUAAUUAAGGGUCAGAAUAUGUAUCAACAUGUCGUAGUGACAAGGACAUUUUUAGUUGAAAAAAAAAGUACAUUUAAAGUAAAAAAAAAAAACUUAUUUGAUAACUCAAAUCUUGGACCAAUCAAAUAGUUAGACACAAUAUGUUGCAUUAAAUAGAAAGCAGGUGACAGCACUGUUUUAAACUGUCAGUAUUUUUAAUUUGUAGAUUUUGAAACGGGGCACUUGACAGAGCUUGUUCUCAAAUGCAACUAUAGUAUAUUAGAAGCAAAUUGGUCAUAUUAAACUGUAAGAGGAUUUUCUGGCACUUGUUAAUGCUGCCUUGCUACGUCUUCAUGAAGUUUGAAAUCUGGGUUGGGGAAAUUUGUUUCAGUUUGGUCUAAGAAUGCAGAGCCUCUCUGCCAUUGAGUAGAAGUGUAUCAUACUAUUAGCUGACGUGUUUUUACCCCGUUAUUCACAUACAUGUGUGAGAAUGAGUGUCAUGUUCUGUCUUUUAUAUUGAGCUACUUUGAAAUGUCUAGAUUACUAUGGUAACCUCCGUUCCCUGAUGGAGGGAACGAGGUGUUGUGUCGAAGAAGCGACACUAGGGCUCUCUCUUGAGAGCCUUCUUCAACACAACGACGAAGUGAGCGACAGACGGGAACUGAUAUUUUGAAACAAUACAUAAUUUUUAUUGCUUUGUGCUUAUGCUUUAUGAAAAACAUUGUGCUGAGACACUGGUUGUUUUUAUUCUUUUUUCUUUCUUUCUUUUUUUAAGAUUUAUAUUAUUGACCAACAUUUACUGUAUAAGCUAAAAUCUACUUACGACUUUGAACUUUUGCUUUGUGCUACAUAAAUGUAUACUUUAUAAUAUUAUCAUGUUUUCGUGUACCAUAUGUCUACUUCAAAAUAUUUAAACUA